AUGACGGAGGCGGGUGUCGGUGAGUAACGGGAGAUGCUAAAUCUUUUAAUUCGGUCAGAUCAGAUUCGGGAGUGUAAGCACGCAGCACCAUGCAAUUUGUGGUGUUCUCCGUCUUGUGUGCGAUUGUUGUUGUAAACGCUGAGCCGGCUGUAUAUUUUAGAGAGCAGUUCGACGAUGGCGGUGCUUGGACGAGCAGGUGGGUAGAGUCCUCUCAGCGGCCAGACUACGGGAAAUUGGUCCUCACGGCGGGAAAAUUCUACGGAGAUGCAGAAAAAGAUAAAGGCCUGCAGACGAGCCAGGAUGCCCGGUUCUAUUCCACCUCGGCCCGGUUUGAGCCCUUCUCCAACGAGGGUAAGACCCUGGUGGUCCAGUUCACCGUCAAACACGAGCAGAACAUCGAUUGUGGUGGAGGAUACAUCAAGCUGUUCCCUGCGGAACUGGACCAGAGAGGCAUGCACGGAGACUCGCGAUACAACAUCAUGUUUGGCCCUGACAUCUGUGGACCCAGCACCAAGAAGGUUCACGUGAUCAUCAACUACAAAGACAAGAACCACCUCAUCAACAAGGACAUCAGAUGCAAGGACGACGAGUACACCCACCUGUACACCUUGAUCCUGUGGCCCGACAACAGCUACGAGGUGAAGAUUGACAACCAGAGGGUGGAGGGAGGCAGUCUGGAGGAGGACUGGGGACUCCUGCCCCCGCGCCGCAUCAGAGACCCCCAGGCCACCAAGCCCCAGGACUGGGACGACCGCGAGAGGGUGGAGGACCCCGCCGACCAGAAACCAGAGGGCUGGGACAAGGCAGAGAACGUCCCGGACCCAGAUGCUAAGAAGCCAGAAGACUGGGACGAGGAGAUGGAUGGAGAAUGGGAACCUCCUAUGAUCUCCAACCCCGACUACAAGGGUGAAUGGAAAGCCUGCAUGGUGGAUAACUCCGCCUACAGGGGGAAGUGGGAGCACCCUGAGAUUGACAACCCGGAGUUCAGCUCUGACCCAGACAUCUACCGCUUCAGCAGCCUGGGGGUCAUCGGACUGGACCUCUGGCAGGUAAAGUCCGGAACAAUCUUCGACAACUUCCUGAUCACAGACGACCCUGCGCUGGCUGAGGAGGUGGGCGAGGAGACCUGGGGGCAGACCAAGGGCCCAGAGAAGAAGAUGAAGGAGUCCCAGGAGGGGGAGGAGAGGAGGAGGAUGGAGCAGGGGGAGGUGUCCAGGAGAGACCAGGCCAAGGAGGAGGCACAGCCAGAAGAGGAGGAGGAGGUGGAAGAACAAGAAGUGGAUGAGGAGCAGGAGGAGGAGGAACUGGAGGAGUUGGAGGAACCGGAGGAGAUGGAGGAGGAGGAGGAACAGGAGGAGGUGGUGGAACAGGAGGAGAUGGAACAGGAGGAGGUGGAGCAAGAGGAGGAGGAGGGAGCUGGAGAGGUGGAGGAGGAGACAGACUCAAACCUGAAGGACGAGCUGUAGACAAGACUGUGACUUUCUCAUUGGACGACCUGUCCCGAUGAUGACAGCCAAUCAGAGGUCAUCUCCGAGGUGGCCAUGUCACAGGCCUGAGAAUCUGUGCCAUUUUGUUUUUAACUUAUUGAACUUUUCUAACUGCGCCUCCUCCCUAAAUGUGUUUACUGUUGGUUUGUUGUAUUUACAGGAUGUUAGUUGUUUUUACUUAAUUAGGAUCAAAUCUUUUAACUCUGUAACAAAAAUGUUGUUGUAGUUAUAUACACACUAUGAUGAUGUAAAUCUCUCCUUUCCCCUGUCAGUGUGCUGUGGGAGGACAGGGGGAGAGGAGGACAAGGGGAGAGUGGACUGAGGAGAGAGG